CGUCAUCGCCUGUGCUGCUGGCAGAACAGCAGUAACCUUUCUCUCCAGACCGUGAAGGCUCCGGUAGAAAGACUGACAACCGUAGCCACUCGCUCAUUCACGCUUUCCUGCUGCGAGAACUCCUUUUCACUCUGUCGUCUCGUCUGAGUGGUUAGAAUAAACUCGGUGCUGUAUUCUGUGCUACCUUGACCGUGAGAAGGUACAACAUGGCAAUGAAAUUGGCUUACUGGGAUAUUCGAGGGCUUGCUCAGCCCAUUCGCCUGCUCCUGGAGUACACUGACACUAAAUAUGAGGAAGAGUUCUACACUUGCGGAGAAGCCCCAAACUAUGACAAAAGUUGCUGGUUUGAUGAGAAGCACAAACUGGGAAUGGACUUCCCAAACCUUCCCUAUCUGGAGGAUGGAGACCGGAAGAUAGUCCAGAGCAAUGCCAUCAUGAGAUACAUCGCACGCAAGCACAACCUCGGUGGGGAGAGUGAAGACGAGAAGGUUCGUGUGGACGUUCUUGAGAAUCAGGCGAUGGACUUCCGGAACGGCUUUGUGAUGAUGUGCUACACAGACUUUGACAAGAUGAAGCCAGGCUACACAGAGAGACUGCCCGGAACACUGAAGCAGUUCUCAGAGUUCCUAGGAACCAGGAAGUGGUUUGCUGGUGACAAGAUCACCUUUGUGGACUUCAUCAUGUAUGAGCUUUUGGACCAACAUAUAAUGUUUGACGCCAAGUGCCUGGACGACUUCAAGAACCUACAGGAACUUGUGGACCGCUUCGAGGCUCUGGAGAAGAUUGCAGCCUACAUGAAGUCAAGCCGCUUCAUGAAGACUCCUGUCAAUAACAAGAUGGCCAAGUGGGGCAACAGGAAAGAGUAAAGAGGCUAAUGACUAGAAAACAUAAUGGCACAUCAAUCAUAUUAUUAGAUAUAGAAGAAAGACUAGCUAUUCUUAAGGUUGCGUUUACACAGGCAGCCCAAUUCUGAUCUCUGAUCCCAUUUAGUGGCAAAAUGUCAGAAUUGGGCUGCCUGUGUAAAUCUGCCUCCAUGCCAAUACUCAACCAAUCUUUGGGAUAAGUAAUGUUAGGUAUUUUGAAUGGCUAAAAGCACUUACUGUCCAGAAUUGUGAUUUUGUUUUGUACCUUUUUAGAAACAGAAACAUGUAAAUGUUUGAAGUGCUUUAUAAUUGCAACCUUGUGUUAAUAAACCUGUUUUCAUUAAAUGGCAGUCUUAUCACCUCCAGUGAGGAAGCAGUGAAUCACUUUAUUUUCAGGAUGUUACUCGACUAUGCAAAUGACUAAAGAAGUAGAAAAUUAUAUUUUGUUUUAAUGAUAAGAGUACAGUACAUUCAUGUGCAAAAGGAAACUAUUGCUUAUCUGAUUGGACAGUGUGUGAAUGUUGAGGACACUUUGAAGCUUGUCAAUUUGUCCCUUGAUUCUUGGGAUGUGGCUAUUCAGAAUUGCUGAAAAUAAACUGUACAAUCCAACAUGGGCUCACAAGUAUUAAGUAAAAUAAACAAAGUAAGUACAUA